AUGGCGAGUUCCUCCUCCCCAUGGCGUGACGGUGGGAGCCAUUCCUCUCCGUCCCCUCCGAACCCCCCAACGACUACUCGUCGAACCCUCACACACCGCUCCACCAACCCACUGGUCUGGUUUGCCGCGAUUGUCUGCGCCAUUCUCGCCGUCCUCGUCUUCGUCGCGGGCGUCGUAGUGCUAUUCAUCUAUCUCACCUACCGCCCCCAGACGCCCUAUGUCAGGGUCUGCAGCACUCACCUAGACGGCCUCGGGUAUGACCGGUCGGGCCUGCUACAAAUCCUGUUGACCAUCGACAUGGAGGCUGUCGACGAAAAUGAGAAGACAGUCGCCGCCUUCUCCGACGCCGACUUCCAGGUUGAGUUCGCAAGGACGCCCCUCGCGGCGCUGCGAGCUGCCCCCUUCGUCGUGGGCGAGAACGGCACCUUGCCGCUUCACUACCUGGUAGCGUCGGCGCGGGCGCCGCUUGACAAGGCGGGAAUGGAGAAGAUGGAGACCUCCCUGAAGAGGGGUCAAGUGGAGUUUGGUCUGAGACGGCAGGCGAGGACGAGGUGGAACGUAGGGGUGUUCCUCUCCAUGAGAUCUUGGGCACGACUCAACUGCAAGCUGAGGUAUUUCUACCCGAACGGGAGCACCACGGGGCUGGACUGCUCCAAAUCCCACUUCAUGUAG